UGAGCAGCUGCUCCAUGGAACAAAGUCAUAAGUUCGCCAAAGAUGAACGCCUCAAGAGUGCUCAAGCUGCUGGUGAUUUUCGUGACCACUGCUGCUGCCAGGGACAUCCUGGAGAGCCAAUGGAAUCCUGAAACUCCAGCAAUGUUCAAGCGACCCAAAGGUACGGUUCGAUCUUGCAGCGAAACCUCCUACUCUGGCCAAGUAUCACUUCAGACAGGCAACUACGGAUUUGACGCACUCUGCGUGCAGCGUCACCGGCUGUUCGGCGACGGCUGGCUCGUCAUUCAGCAACGAGUCGAUCGGAACGAAGAUUUCUACCGCAACUGGGCGGACUACCGGGCGGGAUUCGGAACGCUGAGCAAAGGGUUCUGGAUGGGGUUGGAAAAUCUUCACGAUCUCACGGCUGCUGCACCACACGAGCUCGCGGUGGAGGUUGUUGACAGGGAGGGGAAGUACUACUACGGGAGGUAUUCAGAGUUUAGUAUUGGAAGUGAAAUGGAAAGGUAUGCUUUGAAAGAGGUAGGAAACUACAGCGGGUCAUCCAGGGGGUCAACAGAUUUCGAUGGACUAUCGAAGCACCGAGGGCAAGCAUUUUCUACAUUCGACGAAGAUAACGAUUCUAAUGAAGACGAACAUUGCGCAAUCCAAACGGAAUCAGCGUGGUGGUUUAUGAGCAGUUGUCGUGGAAGCAAUCUUAACGCGAUUUAUAACAGAUAUGAAUCAAGAAUUUUGUGGCAUUCGUAUAUUCCGUAUCCAUUAAGAUAUUCCAGGAUGAUGAUUCGAAAGACCAGAGAGUAAAAGAGCAUUCAAAGGAAUAAAAUAUGACAAAACGCUUUAAAAA